AAAAGCCAGGCUGGUGGCUGUCCACCAAGAGAGAUCAAGAGAGUAUAUCACAUCGUUUCGACCGAACCAUGACCGGGCCCAUGUAUUUCAUUCUGGUGCCGUUUCUCCUAGUAAUUUACGUACCGGACGAUUACCACCGAUGGGAGAACGGACCGGAGUAUACUUUCAAUGUAACCAUCAAUACGGUAAAGAAUCUGACAACGGACGAGGAUGAACCCAAAGGAUCAAGUAUGAACGCCAUGCUGAAAUGCCAGCCUAAGGAACCGGACAGGCUGCAGUGCCACUUCGAGGACGCUAAGAUUGCAAUACCGUCGGAAGUCGCGAUCACGUCCAAGAACGUGGAGUUCGAUAUGGGAAAUGUGACCUUCGAGAUCAAGUUCAAAGAGACCGGAAUCGAGUUCUUCGAGUUCGAGAACGGCGAGAAGCAGGCGACGGACGAUAUUACGGACUUGUAUCGGCUGGUGGCGAAUCAUUUGAACGUCUGGGCGAAGACGACCCUUGCUGGUAAAGCGCCAGCGACUACGUACAAGAGCCAGGACGUCAAGAUGACGGAGAACUUCACUAUAGGCGAAUGUCGCGCGGAGACCAAGAUUUCUCACCAGGAACAGGGUAACCAAACGUUUAGAUCAGGGGUGUGGAUCGACUGGUACAACAAGAAUCUAAAGAGCAACCCGGUGAUCGAGGUCACGAAGGAGGUGCAUCUCAACAGUUGUCUCGCGCAACCGGUGUACAGACUGGUAACAAAACACAUGUACGUGUUCCAUCGAGAAACCAACGACACACUGAAAAAUUCUACCGCACACAUAUUUAUUUCCUUCUCGAACUUCACCUCGGAGAGCGUCAACACGCUCGAAGUGUACGACGCAGACAAUGGAGAGAAGCUCGGGACGUCAUUUGAUCAGAUUCGUUUAUCUCUAGCUUCCAUCGAUCCUGCCAAGUCUCCUUUGAAGAAGAUGACAAAUACAACGAUACUCGGCCCGUCACUGACUCCAAAAUCAUAAUUGUUUUAAAUAGGUGAGAUUGCGCGCGACCAUUUGUGUUUAAGCCAUGCCGAUUAAAGUGUCGUUGCGAUUAAAAUCUGAUUUUAUUUUACUUCCUAUCUGUUAUGCAAAUAAUCGUGCGUUUUAUAGAUCUCCCUAUCUCAUGUAUUAGAAUACUAUGGUAAGACGUUACGUUGCAUUUCGUAAAAUAUGUGAAGAUACAAUUAAGUCUGCAUAUGGAAAUCUACACUGUAUACGAUAUAUACUGUAAACAUUUUUAUAUUAUUCCAACUGUAUCUUUGUCAUUGAAAAAUAAUAAAAUUCUGCAAUUAAUAAUA